AUGGACAAGUACACCGGCAUCCCCGGCUCCGACGUCCUGCGCAGCCGCGCCGACGGCCAGCUCGUGGCCGUCACGUACAUCCCUCGAGGGGAGCAGGUGGACGAGGCCGUGCGGCGGGAGAUCAUCAGGCACCGGUCGCUGCGCCACCCCAGCGUCGUCCGCCUCAGGGAGCUCGUUCUCACCCCGACGCACCUCGCCGUCGUCUCGGAUCACGCCCCGGACCUCCACCGGCGGGUCCGCGACGCCGGCCGGUUCAGCGAGGACGAGGCGCGUGUGCUGUUCCGGCAACUGGUAUCAGGAGUCAGCUACUGCCACUCCAUGCAGGUAUGCCAUCGUGACGUGAAGCUGGAGAACAUCCUGCUGGAUGGGAGCUGCGCGGGGCCUCCUCGGCUCAAGAUAUGCGGCCCCGGCGUUUCAAAGCGUCAGUCGCAGCCGGGAGCGCCAAGAGCGUCUGACCAAACACGGGUGUACAUCGCUCCUGAGGUUUUUCAGCAAAGGGAAUAUGAUGGCAAGAUCGUCGAUGUGUGGUCCUGUGGAGUGACGCUCUACGCCAUGCUGGUCGGCGCUUACCCCUUCCAGUGUCCUGACGACGAGCCAAUAAAUUUUAGGAAGAUAAUUCAGAGGAUACAGAGCGUUGAAUACUCAGUUCCAGAUGACCUGCACAUAUCUGCCGAGUGGCGUGACCUCAUUUCCAAGAUCUUUGUUGCUGACCCAGCUGCUAGAAUCACGGUGCCUGAGAUAAGAAACCAUCCAUGGUUCUUGAAGAAUUUCCCGGCUGAUGAUAGCACAAUGAGCACCGAGGAGGCAGAGCAGCCGACGCAGAGCAUGGAUGAGAUGAUGCAGAUCCUAGCACUGGCAGAGGCACCAUAUCUACUGCCGACGACAUAG